AAGAGUUUUUUUUUGCCAUUUCACUUUUCUUAACAUGUCGUCUUUAACCUUGUCGCGUUUUUUCAUGUAUGCCUAUGCCGGCAUGCUAAACGCCUUUACAAAUUUGUUGCCCGAACGGAAAUUUGCGUAAAGUGAAGAUGGUACGUGCAAAUACCCAAAAAGCAGAGGACGCUAACAAAUUCAUUUCCAUAAUUACCAUCUUUAAGACUCCGAUCACCUAUUUAGUGCUGCUUUCGCGGAUCUCUCUCUUCUCCCUCUCUUCAAGAUAGGAUCCUCGUUAACACUGUCUUGACCAUUCUGCUGCUCUCAUUCCAGACUUCAGAUCUCCAAAUCCAGAGGUACCCACUUCUCACAAAGAGCUGAGAAAUGGAGCAGAUUCUGCUACAUGGGACGCUCCACGCCACGAUCUAUGAGGUGGAUAAGCUGCCCGCCGGCAGAAGCGGUCCAAAGUUCCUUCGGAAGCUUAUGGAAAAUGUCGAGGAGGUUGUUGGAGUAGGCAGGGGAACCCCUAAAAUCUAUGCAACCGUUGAUCUCGAAAAGGCUAGGGUUGGGCGUACCAGAAUAUUAGAAAAUGAACGCGCUAAUCCCAAGUGGUAUGAAUCGUUUCACAUUUACUGUGCACACAUGGCUUCAAAUGUUAUAUUCACUGUUAAAGAUGACAAUCCAAUUGGAGCAACUUUGAUUGGAAGAGCUUAUGUACCUGUUCAAGAUCUCAUGUAUGGAGAAGAAGUGGAUAGGUGGGUUGAGAUUGUGGAUGAAGACAGGAAUCCCAUUCAUGAAGGUUCUAAGAUCCAUGUGAAGCUACAGUUUUUUGAAGUUAGUCAGGACCGUAAUUGGGAUAGGGGAAUAAGAAGCUCUAAAAAUCCUGGAGUUCCAUUUACAUUCUUUUCACAGAGACGCGGAUGUAGAGUUUCUUUGUACCAAGAUGCUCAUGUCCCAGACAAAUUUGUCCCAAAAAUUCCUCUCUCCGGAGGCAAGAAUUAUGAGCCGCACAGAUGUUGGGAAGACGUUUUUGAUGCAAUCAUGAAUGCAAAACACUUGAUAUACAUUACUGGAUGGUCUGUUUAUACUAAUAUAACCUUAGUAAGGGACUCAAGGAGGCAAAAACCGGGAGGGGACAUCCUACUUGGUGAUCUGCUUAAGAAGAAGGCAAGCGAAGGUGUUAGGGUUCUUAUGCUUGUUUGGGAUGACAGAACUUCUGUUGGUUUACUGAAGAAGGACGGAUUGAUGGCUACCCAUGAUGAAGAAACUGAACAUUAUUUCUCAAAUACUGAUGUGCACUGUGUCUUAUGCCCCCGUAAUCCUGAUGACGGUGGAAGCAUAAUUCAAGAUUUACAAAUUUCUACCAUGUUCACUCAUCACCAAAAGAUAGUGGUUGUGGACUCUGGGAUGCCCUCUGGAGGAUCUGAAAAGAGAAGGAUCGUAAGUUUUGUUGGGGGUAUUGAUCUUUGUGAUGGGAGAUAUGACACCCCAUUCCAUUCACUUUUCAGGACACUGGACACAGCGCACCAUGAUGAUUUUCAUCAGCCCAAUUUUACUGGUGCUUCAAUUGCAAAAGGUGGACCCCGAGAACCUUGGCAUGACAUCCACUCGCGGCUUGAAGGACCCAUUGCUUGGGAUGUUUUGUUCAAUUUUGAGCAGAGAUGGAGAAAACAAGGUGGGAAAGACCUGCUUGUUCAGCUGAGAGAGCUUGAUGAUGUCAUUAUCCCCCCAUCUCCAGUUAUGUACCCAGAUGACGAAGAGUCCUGGAAUGUACAGUUAUUCCGAUCCAUUGAUGGUGGGGCUGCUUUUGGUUUCCCUGAAACACCUGAAGAUGCAGCUAGAGCUGGGCUUGUCAGUGGGAAGGAUAAUAUCAUUGAUCGAAGCAUUCAGGAUGCUUAUAUUUAUGCCAUUCGACGAGCGAAAAAUUUCAUUUAUAUCGAAAAUCAAUAUUUUCUUGGAAGCUCUUUUGGCUGGACUCCAGAUGGUAUUAAGGGCGAGGAUGUCGGUGCUUUGCACUUAAUUCCUAGGGAGCUAUCACUUAAGAUUGUUAGCAAGAUUGAGGCUGGGGAGAGAUUCACUGUUUAUGUUGUGGUCCCAAUGUGGCCUGAGGGGAUUCCUGAGAGUGCAUCAGUUCAGGCCAUCUUAGAUUGGCAGAAGAGGACAAUGGAGAUGAUGUAUAAAGAUAUUACUCAAGCUCUUAGAGCCAAGGGUAUUGAAGAAAACCCCAGGAACUAUUUGACAUUUUUCUGCCUUGGAAAUCGGGAGACGAAGAAAGCCGGAGAAUAUGAGCCUUCAGAGAGGCCAGAGCCUGAUACAGAUUAUAUCAGAGCCCAGGAAGCCCGACGCUUCAUGAUUUAUGUUCAUGCAAAGAUGAUGAUAGUUGAUGAUGAAUACAUAAUCAUUGGAUCCGCCAACAUCAACCAGAGAUCAAUGGAUGGGGCCAGGGACUCUGAGAUAGCCAUGGGUGCUUACCAGCCACAUCAUUUAGCUGCCAGGCAGCCAGCACGUGGACAGAUUCACGGAUUCCGAAUGGCAUUGUGGUAUGAGCACCUCGGCAUGCUUCAUGAAUCCUUCCUCCAGCCAGAUGGUUUGGAGUGUUGUGAGAAGGUGAACCAAAUUGCUGACAAAUAUUGGGAUUUGUAUUCAAGCGAGACACUUGAACAUGACUUGCCUGGUCACCUGCUCCGCUACCCUGUUGGUGUUUCUGGCGAAGGAGAAAUCCAUGAGCAUCAGGGAACUGAAUUCUUCCCAGACACCAAGGCUCGUGUUCUUGGCGCCAAAUCUGACUACCUUCCGCCAAUCCUCACGACUUGAGAAAAUUGUUGUCUUGGUUCUGCUCCAAACAUAAUAACUUCUUUACUCUGUAAUGCUAGAUAUAGCAGUGGACUAAUAAAUUGUGUUGUGUGACUAGCUGCAGAGGGGUUUUUUUUUUUUUAAAAUUAAGAAUACUUCUGAGAUGUUUAUAUUGUUUGCAAGAGGUGCGAGUCUGGUUUAUAUUUUGUAUACGAACUAGCUUAUCUAAUGAAAGAUGUUGUGUUAAA